AUGGAGAAGUUGCUUGCUUUUGCUUUCCUGAUGGUCACUUUACCUUCCAGUGGCAUGGUCAGUGGAUAUCCCUCUGCUGCCAAUGAAUCUACCCCACACCCUUCCCUCCUCAGCCUCUCAGCAGCAAAUUCAGAAUUUGCAUUGCGUCUGUACAGAAAGAUUGCCGCUCAACCAGACACAGCUUCCCAAAAUAUUUUCCUUUCUCCACUGAGCAUCUCUGCCUCCCUGAGCAUGUUGUCAUUGGGUGCCAUAGAAAGUACUCGGGCUCAGCUCCUGCAGGUUCUUGGAUACAGCAACAUGACAAACAAUGGUACUGUCGCCGUGAGGGAGACAUUCCGCCAGCUUCUGGAGCAUUUGAACAAUGUGAGUGAUGGAAUCCACAUGAGAAUCUCUCUGUACGUUCAAAAGGGAAAAGAAAUUCAUGAAAAGUUCCUCAGAGAAGCCGAGGAAUAUUAUAAUGCCACGAUAGAGAGGGUUGAUUUUCGUGUACAACAAAGUACAAAAGACAAAAUAAAUGCUAUUGUGAAUGACCUAACCAAGGGCAGAAUCCCAAACAUCCUUAAGGAGCCCCUCUCACCGGAUACUCUAAUGUUUCUUCUCAACCAUUUCUUGUUUAAAGGUGAAUGGUUGCAGCCUUUCGACGCUAAGCGCACUUAUGAAGCUGACUUUCAUGUCGAUGACAGAACGACAGAGAGAGUUCGCAUGAUGAGAAGGACAGGAACGUAUUACAGAACGUAUGCCGAGGACCUCUCCAGUGAAGUGCUUCUGAUGGAAUAUGCAGGAAAUACCUCCCUAUUGAUUUUGCUACCGAAAUCUGGAAAAUUGGCAGAGUUGGAGCGGAACUUGACCGUUCAAAAAUUUGAUCAUCUCUUGUUGUCAAUGCGAAAGCAAUCUGUAGAUGUGCAUUUCCCAAAGAUGACGCUGAGGAAAACUUACAAACUCAAACCCCUACUGAGGUCCAUGGGUAUCGAAGAUGCAUCUACUAACUAUGCAAACUUUUCUGGAAUAUCUGAUGACCUGCUAAAAUUAUCAGAGGUGAUAUACAAGUCUGGGCUGGAAGUAAAUGAGGAAGGAACAAAAUCUGCUGCACUUAGAAAUUACCAAUUAAUCAAAAGGUCUCUUCCUAUUGAGUUUAAAUGUAACAGACCUUUCUUGUUACUAAUUGCUGAUAAAUACGUCCAGAAUAUCCUGUUUGCUGGGAGAGUGAUGAACCCCAACAUUUGA